ACUGGCAAAAGGCGGAGGCGGUUCCAUCCCCGGCCAAAUUGGCCAUUAGCGCGCGGAGUCCCAAUUCCGCGGCGAGCCUGCGCGCGCGGAGUCCCAUUUCCGCGGCGACCCUGCGCGCGCGGCGUACGGCGUUGGUGCUUCGUCGCUCUCGAGCCCUAGCGCCGCUCCAUCUCCCUCUAUCUUCUCCUCGCCGCUGCGCUGCUUGGCGCCGCAUGCUCCUGUGCUCCCCCGAGGAAGAUGAGUGAACAUGAAAUGGACACAACGGAAUGCAAGAGCUCACUGCUGGAUAGGGACCGGCAGCUUCAUCCAUGUAACCCCGAAGGGAUCGUUGCUGACAUCGUCUCAUGCAAAACACGUGCAGAGAUUGGACAACUACUCAACUCGGGUGACAAAAUAGCCCCCUCGAUUGUUGAGGCGGUGCAACAAUUCCCACAGCUACCACCACUACAGCCACCUACCGUGCACCAUGGCUUACUAAGAUUCCCCCAUUCACACCCUCAUCCAAUUGACUGUUUUCAAGGAAUUCAGACUCCAUUGCACUGGUCCCAUUCAUGGCCUCAGUCUCAUCCAAGUUGUGUUUCUGAUGAAUUUCAGGCCCCAUUCAUCCUUCCCCAUCUGCAGCCUCAGUUUCACUCAAGUGGCACCUUUUAUGGAUUUCAUGCUCCAUUCCCCUUGCCCCAUCCACAGCCUCAGUUUGGCUUCAGUGGCAAAUCUCAUGGGUUUCAUGCUCCAUUACCACUCAAUGUUCAAACUGGAUCAUUGCACCUUGGGCUGCCUCAGUUACAUCCAAGCCUCGGUUUUCAUGCUCCGUUCACCCCCAUUGGUCCCCCUGGCACUUUUCAAAGCCAAUCUCCUGAAUUCACUGGCUCUGGUGAACUCAUGUUGGAGAAGGAGAUAAGAGAACUCCUGUUUUUGCUGCAACCACCAAGUCUCCAGGUUGAAUCUCUUGCAAAUAUGUACAUGGACAGGUACGGAAAGCCUCUGCGAAAUGAGGGACUCAUCAUAGAUGGCCAGCAGCAAGGAAAGGCUGGUUGCAGCCUAACAGAUGUGCUCAUGCGACUUAACACCACCAGAGUGAUCGAAAGAAAGGGACAUCAGUAUAUUGUCCCAGUGGAAGAUGCUCCUAUGUACUUGGCACAUGCUUUCAAAUUGGGGAUGUCUCCUGCUAGCAGCAAUUCUAAUCAGAUUUUUGUUGUUUUCAUGCCUGGAAGCAAAUUCACUGAAGAAGAUGUUCACAGCUACUUCAGUCAAUAUGGCACUGUCAAUGACGUGCGAAUUCCACCUCAUCAAGGAAGGCGAAAGUAUGGUUUUGUGAGCUUCCAUGACCCUGGAACAGCAAAACAGAUCUUAUCAGAAAGGAUCCCUCAUUUCAUCUGUGGAGAUCCAGUUCUUGUCGAAGAGUACAAGGAAAAACAUGAAUUAGAACAGGAACGUCCUCCUAAGUACUUGGCUCAUAGUUCCAAACUGGGGGUGCCUCCUGCUAGAAGGGAUUCUAACCAGAUUUAUGUUGUUUUCGUGCGUGAAAGCAAAUUCACUGAAGAUGAUGUUCGGAACUACUUCAGUCAGUAUGGUACUGUCAGUAAUGUGCGAAUUCCACCUCAAGGAAAACGCAUGUACGGUUUUGUGAGCUUCCAGGACCCCGGAACGGCAGAACGGAUCUUAUCAGAAAGGACCCCUCAUUUCAUCUGUGGAGAUCGAGUUUGUGUCAAAGCGUACAAGGAUAAAGAUGAACUAGAAUGCGAACAGCAUCAUGGUUUUGAAUUGGUGUUACCUUCUGCAAGAUAUGCUUCUAACCAGAUUUUUAUUACCUUCGAUCCUGAAAGCUCAUUCACCAAAAAUGAUGCUUGGAAAUACUUUAGCCACUAUGGUCCUGUGAAUGAUGUGCGAAAGAAACGCAUGUUCGGUUAUGUGAGCUUCAAGCACCCUGAGACGGUAAAACGGAUCUUAUCAGAAAGAUGUUUAAGGACCUCCCACUUCAUCUGUGGAGAUCAUGUUUUCGUCGAACCUUACAGGGAAAAAGAUGGACCAGAGAUGUUGGCUCGGGAAGUUGCUGAUUUUGUCCUUGAACCACAUGCGGUAUCAGAUGUUGAUGUUAUUCAUGAGCAUCAUACAGGAAAACAAUUAUUGAGUAACCAUGAUUUUUAUGGGGAGAAGCUGAAUAAAGGGCGUGAUCAAGGAAUUGUUACUGAAAAGAGCAGUAUUAAUGUUGCACCAGUCAUGGCUUCACCACGAACACGAAACCUGUCUGUUCAUUCUGUUAGUGAAGAAAGUCCUUCACAAGGUGACAAUAUUGUAGAAUCAUCACAUGUUUUAAAUCAUUUGGAUGAUGCAUCAGCAGAUCUAGACAGUCUAUUUUGCAGCCAUGGCUUGAGGCUUCCAGAAACCCUCGAGGAUGUUUUCUGAUGGGAAUAACCCAAUCUGCCAAUGCACUAGGAACAGACUUAAUAUCGUUAAACACUCUGAUGGGGCACUAUAUUGUUAGUUGUGUCUUGCUGAUACAUCUAGACAGAUACUCGAAGUAGGUUCUUGUGGGGAAGGCGUACAUACAUCAAGGCCUAGGUGGAUUAUGUUGUCAUGAUAAGAUCAUUUUGCAAUUCUGCUAAUGUUGAAGCAUCCUUGUGAAUUGACAGUAACCAUGCAAUAUAGUCCAAGAUGGAAAUGAUAUAUGCAAAGGUAAGCCUCAGCUAUGAGAAUGGAAUGAUCCUUGCGUAGUCUACCUGUUCGCUUGCUUUUUGACAUCCUCUGUUAAUUUGUUGGGUCGUGCUUAAUGAAUCUCCAAUUACGGACA